GAACAAACCAAACCCAAUUCAUCAAACACCAUUGUUAAGCCAUGGAAAUCUUCGAUUCAACCCAGAAAGAACCACAACCCACCAAACAGAUCUUCAUUUUAUCAGGCCAAAGCAACAUGGCUGGCCGUGGCGGAGUCGACAAAAACAAGCACUGGGACGGCGUCCUUCCAGACGAUUGCCUCCCCGACCCCUCAAUCCUCCGCCUCAAUGCCAACCUCCACUGGGAGGCGGCGCGUGAGCCACUCCACAGCGACAUCGACACCAAAAAGACGUGUGGUGUCGGCCCCGGAAUGUCAUUUGCCAAUGCCGUCAAAGAGCGCCUAGGGAUGAUGGGUUUGGUGCCCUGUGCGAUCGGUGGUACGGCUAUAAAGGAGUGGGCGCGUGGGACUGACUUGUAUGACAAUAUGGUGACGAGGGCCAGAGCGGCGGCGGGUGACGGUGGUGAAAUCAAGGCGUUGCUAUGGUACCAAGGUGAGAGCGAUGCGGCGUCGCAGCAUGAUGCUGAGGCUUAUAAGGCUAAUAUGGAGGAACUCAUUCACAAUGUGCGUACAGAUCUUGAUUUGCCUUCGCUUCCAAUUAUUCAGGUUGCAAUUGCAUCAGCAGGGGAUGCCAAGUACAUGGAGAAGGUAAGAGAAGCACAAAAGGCAAUUGAUCUCCAGAAUGUCGUAUGCGUGGACGCCAAAGGAUUGCAGCUUAAGGAAGAUAACCUCCACCUUACCACGGAGGCUCAGGUUCAACUCGGACACAUUUUGGCUGAUGCAUACAUCAGCCAUUUUGCACCCUAGCAACCUUCCUAUAUCCCUACACUCCGGGCAUAUUAAUUUCCCGGACAAAAAUAAAAAAAGUGAAUAAAAGCUCUUGGUGCUUAACAGCCCCUGUAUGUGCGCGCGCGCGUGCACUAAAUGAGGUAAGGUUCUUUGUUCUCUCUUAUCUUUGUUCACGAAUUUGUUGAAUUUCCAAUUGUAUUGGUUCAUAGAAUCCAAUUAUGUGUGCACUAAAUUUUUAUUUUAGUUCAAGUAAACCUGUACGUCGUGAAUGUGAUUACUAAUGACAGUAGUUAUUCUAUGUAUCUGUUUUAUUAUGUCACCACGAUAGUAUGUUACACUUGGG